GGAUUAACGUCGCAACGUCGGUGAACAGGCGGAAUCGAGGACAGUUCGUACCGAUCGCAAUCCCGAAGACGUCCCAGCGAUAGAGGUCGUUCGUAACGAUCUUUGCCGCGCGCCCUUUAUCGCGGAAACUCGUAACGCGAGGACGCUAUCGACGAGAGGAGGGUUGACGAGAACGCCGGUGGCCAUCCGAGGGAAGCUACUCGACGCCGGGUCACCCCUAUCAUAAGCAGAUUAGAUUAGAUUAAAUUAAAUACCCGACGAUUUUCCUUUCUCGUGGAGAUCGCGACGAGAGGGACUCGUGCACAGCUCGAAUCGACGUUGCACCGACAUACGUGCGCCGAGAGUCGCGCGCGAACAGAGAGAGAGAAGAGAGAAUUCGAGUAGGCAGAGGGAAACGCGUGGACACGCGCGUACACGCACAUACACACGCGUAGAAUCAACGAGGGAAAGUAAGACGAGAUGUACAGAGAUCCGAACAGUUCCUCGGGAAGCGGCACCUCCACAAAGGACGACGACGUCGAGAUCGUUAGCAGAUUUUUAGCGCCUUUGUGUGCGAGAGAUGAAACUGCCAGAAACAUCGCCCUGGCGGUGGCCAGGAACACGGUCGAGGGAUGGCUCGGAGGGGUUGGCAGUCCGAAUCACUGGGACGACACCGGUGAAAUGGAGGAUUCGGAGAACCUAGGGGGAAAGUUCAAGAGCCAAGAUGGAAGAUACGACAUGAACAUCGAGCGAUCACCGACCAAGUCGGCGCCGAAGAACGUGCAGCCCUCUAUGCAGCAGCCGCUGCUGCUCCAAGACAGCUUCAGGACGGAGGGUUUCUUCCCUCAGAGCGUGACGGAGAAUCCAGCUUUCCUCGAGGACAACAGCCUCGAAUGUUCCGAGAGAUAUCCAUCGGGCUCGUUCGACUGCGUGGACGGACGUCUCGGGAACGAGACCGGCUAUGGUACGCCGAACGAGAGGAGAAGAUACGUGACCGACGUGGAGAGUUACAGGUCCGGCCACUCGACGUCUUCGGACGAAGGCAAGGGCUUCAAGAUCGAUCCUCAGGACAGAUGUCUAAGGUUUAAGGACAACUCGGAGAGCCGAUUCGGGUCGAGCAGCGAGAGCGAGAGAAAAUAUCUCGGCUCGUCGUCCAGCGAGAGAUUGAACGAGGUAUGUCUGGAGGAUAGGCCUAGAACGAAGAACUACGUGAAGGUGAAAGGCGCGAAGCAGAAGCAGCUGGAGGAUGACGAGCUGGACUGCGACAUCAGGAUCUACGGGAAGAGUCCCAAGUUCGACGAGAACUUGGGCGCGAAUUUCGACCGCAGGAAUCUCAACUACCGCCCCAAGGGUGACAUCCUGUCGCGCGAUCGCAGGUGUUACGACAGCGUGGACGAUGUGUCGUUCGACGAGACCGAGAUGACGAUCAGGAACCGCGACGGAGUGGUGUUCAACACUCUGGACGGCUUCGAGAACGAGAACGCGAACGAGAUUUAUCUGAGGCAGGACGACAACCGCAAGGAGGAUGCCAAGCUGAAGAAUUUCGAGAUCUACCCGGACGAGUCUUUCGACGAUUGCCGACAGCGCUGCACGCGUGCCGAGUUGCCACAGGAUUACUUGCGUAAGAACGAGGAGCGAAAGUUCAGCGCGGGACAGAUCAAGAGACCGCUCUCGCAGGACGAAGAUGUCUCUUCGAAGAGCGGCAGGGUGCUCGAGAGUCCUGACGUCACUCCCGGGGACGUUGGUAGGAUGCUUAAUCUGGGAAACGCUCUGGAUGGUCCGAGGCAGGCGAAUAAGUACUUGAGCAUGGUGACGUUGCAUCUACCGGUGAUAUUGAGGCUCAGCGUCAACUGUCCCUUCCAGAAUGUUAGGACCAAGUGCGCAGAGAUCCUGGAGAUGGUUAAGGAUAGAGGACUACCAGUACCGGUGCCAGCCUUCGAUGGACCUAGUGCCUUCGUCCCUACGUCCGAGUUGCCGAAUCUUAACAACCUCGAUGAAAAGGUGAGUGCCACCAACGAAUUCCUGUUCACCUAUGUCGAUUAA